CGAGCCGCGGUAGCUGACAUUAGGCACCCGUGCGCUCCGGCGGCCAGAAGUGAACUCCGUCUCGACUUUUUCCCACGGUGAACAAAGCAGGCAGUGAGAGCAAGAGACCACCGUAGUGGAGGGUGGUGCUGGUUUUCACGCGCCUUCCCUUCUUGAGUGCCCUGCGAUCCUGUGCAACGCCCAUCUCCGAUGCAAGCCUCCUCGAACUCAAUGGGACUUACUGUACUCCAAAGUGGGCCUGUGGUCAAUGUGAAGUGAUGAAAGUCACCAGUAAAAACAUUUAAAGUAUCUUCAUGCACCAUGGUAGAUGAAAGAAGUUCAGUCACCAACCAUUUCCUUAGUGCCUUCCUCCUUGCAAUAAUCUUCUGGAAUAACAUCCAAAGUUCUGCAGGGAAAGGACUGAUUAUGGACUUUUCCAACAGAUUUCUAGUUAAAGUACCUAAGAACCUUCCAGCACAAAUGACAGUGUUGGAUUUGUCAUACAACAGUAUCUCUGAACUUCAGAUUUCAGAUUUUAGUUCUUCUUCUAAGCUCCAGGUACUAAUUCUUUCUCAUAAUCUCAUUGGAAAGCUUAAUUUCAGUGUCUUCCAGUACAAUGAAGACUUAGAACAUCUAGACCUAUCCUACAACAACUUGCAAACUCUUUCUUGUCAUCUUGUUCCAAGUCUCAGGCAUCUAGAUCUCUCUUACAAUAACUAUGUAGACAUGCCCACAUGCCCAGAAUUUAGCAAAAUGUUGAAGCUGGAAUAUCUUGGCCUCAGUGCUAAAAGAAUUCAGAAAUCAGAUUUUAGUGUUCUUGCUCAUUUACAACUGGAAACUCUGUUCUUGGGCCUAGAAGACCUCUCUGAAUAUAUCCAGGGAAAUCUUCCAGUGUUCAAUACAAGGAGCCUUCAGAUUAUAUUCCCACCAAACAAUGAUUAUCAAGUAUUGCCAGAUCUAGAAAUCAAUGUAACAGAAAGUUUAGAGCUGUCAAAUAUCCAAGAAACACAAGUCAAUGACUUAAGAACUUUCCUGCUGAAACUUAACAAAAACUCAACAUUACUAAACCUAUCACUGAGCAAUAUACAAUGUGACUGGGAAGACUUCAUUGAAAUUCUUCAGACUGUAUGGGAAUCAACCAUUGAAUAUUUUGUUAUAGCCAAUGCAUCACAGUUGGAAGCUCCAAAUUCAAUAGAGUUUAAGUAUACAAAAACUUCACUCAAAGCUUUGACAAUUAAGCAGACUACAUUGACUACAUUUCGUUCUGAUGCAAAAUAUCUGUUGAAAUUGUUUUCGGAGAUGAACCUUACAGCCUUGACCAUUUCUGAUGCAGGUUUGAUACACAUGCUUUGCCCUUCAAACCCCAGUCAUUUUACUUACUUAUGUUUUUCAAAUAACAGUUUUACAGAUGCUGUUUUUGAAAACUGCAAGGACUUGAUGUUCCUUGAGAAGCUCAUUUUAAAAAGUAAUCAGUUCAAAAAACUUGUCAGAGUAAGUUUAAUGACCAGUCACAUGGUGUCUUUGAAAUAUUUGGACAUGAGCCUGAAUUUAUUGCAAUAUGAAGACCAUGAGAAUAAGUGUGACUGGGGUAAAAAUCUGGUUGAAUUAGAUUUGUCAUCCAAUAAGUUGUCUGAAUCAGUCUUUAAAUGUCUGCCAGUCAAUAUUCAAAUGAUUGAUCUUCAAAACAACCAGAUUUCAAGCAUUUCCAAAGAGAUUAUAGAGCUGAAGGCUUUAGAAGAAAUAAAUUUGGCAUCCAAUAAACUAGCUAGUCUUCCUGGAUGUGGUCAGUUUAGAAAUCUGAGGUUCCUGAAUAUAGAAAUGAACUCUGUUGUCUCACCAUCUUCUGAAUUCUACCAGACAUGUCAAGGCAUCAAACAGCUAAAAGCAGGACACAAUCCAUUCACAUGUACCUGUGAAUUAAGACAGUUCAUCAAUCUUCAAAAGCAAGGAUCUAUGGAGUUGGUUGGUUGGCCUGACGCUUAUGUGUGUGCGUACCCAGACUACUUAAGGGGGACCCUUUUAAAGGACUUUCAUGUCUCUGAAGUUGUUUGCAAUGUGAGUAUUCUGAUUACUAUAGUUAUAAUUAUUACUGUGGUCUUAGUAGCCACUGUUUCCUUCCUCUGCAUUCGUUUUGAUGUUCCAUGGUAUUUGAAGAUGAUGUGGAAGUGGACUCAAGCAAAACACAGGAUUCGGAAGAGUAAGCCUGAAGACAUACUCCCCAUUGUAGAGUUCCAUGCUUUUAUCUCCUAUAGCGAGCAUGAUUCUGAGUGGGUGAAAAAUAUAUUGAUUCCAAACUUGGAGAAGGAGGAUGGCUCCAUACGGAUCUGCCAGCACGAGAGGAACUUUGUUGCAGGCAAGAGCAUUGUGGAGAAUAUCAUAGACUGCAUUGAGAAAAGUUACAAGUCGAUCUUUGUGUUGUCUCCUUACUUUGUGCAGAGUGAAUGGUGUCAUUAUGAGCUCUACUUUGCCCAUCACAAGUUAUUCAGUGAAAAUGCUGACAGUUUAAUCCUGAUUGUGCUGGAACCAAUCCCUGCGUAUAUCAUUCCUGCCAGGUACCACAAACUGAAAGCUCUCAUGGCCAAGAGAAUGUACUUGGAGUGGCCAAAGGAUAAAAACAAGCAUGGACUUUUCUGGUCUAAUCUUCGGGCAGCCAUUUACGUUAAACUGUCCAGCAACGAAGAAGAAAUUUAAUAAAUUUAUAUUAAAAUAAUCAUAUGGCAGCCAUUCAUGUUAAGCUUCCAAAUAGUGAAGAAGUCGUUUAGAGUUGUAGCUUUAAAGUCAGUUUUCAUUGAGCUGAAUUUAUAUAAAAAUAAACAGAUCUGCUGGCAUGAGAGGAACUUUGGUGCACCCAUGUAUUGUUGAAAAUAUCAGAGACUGUUUUGUGAAUAGUUAGACAUCGCAAAGGGAGC